ACCGAUAUUCGGAUUAUAGGAAACUACGAAGGUAGCAAGGAACCAGAUACCGAUGUGCCAAAUAACCAACUGUAACCCCGGUCCGAGAAGUUGCCGAACUAUUGUCGCGCGAAUAAGCUCUCUCCAACUCUAUCUUUACUCUCCACUAUUGAAGGCAUCGUUCGGCCCAGGGAAUCACUAUACGGCAUAACAGUAACAGGCAUGGACGCAACUGCAGGUUCCCUGUCACAAUCAUAAACCUAUCAACUAUCAGUUUUAUAUCACCCCUGCCCCCCCUAAUCUUUUACUUCUUUAUUUACUUUACACUAUCCAUACGUCUACAAAUCCACCAAACUUUUAACCAUGGUACAUUUUUACGAUGCUGUACUCCAGCGACCGGACCGGUUCAAUUUUGCAGUAGAUGUUGUCGAUUAUUGGGCGGCCCGUCCCGACGACUUGGAGGCAAUGUAUUGGGUAUCAAAAGACGCGUCUCAAAAGCGUUCCUUGACGUUUAAAUACUUCUCACGCCAGUCUCAUCGGGUCUCCGUUUUAUUACAGCGCUUAGGCGUUAAAGAAGGCGAGACAAUGGUUAUGAUCGUCCCUCGUGUACCAGCCAGCAUGAUAUUCAGUAUCGCUGCGUCAAAAGCAAAGCCAGCGUGUGGUGCAAGCGUUGCCAAGUUCCUAGCAGUCCGGGAUGCGUGUCCAUCAGUUCGCACCGCAUCUCUAGAACUUCUCGAGGCCGAUGCUUCGGUGGAAGAUGUUAGACAAGACUGGAAUUCCCCGGCCCUGCUCUACUUUACAUCGGGCACAUCUGGUCCACCGAAGAUGGUGCGCCAUAACCAGGUUUCAUAUCCAUUAGCUCUCACUACCACAGCUAAGUCUUGGUAUCAGCUAGCUCCAGGCAAGGUGCUUUGGAAUACCGCAGAGCAAGGUGGGGCAAAGCUUCCUGGUCAUUCUUUGGUGCAUGGAAUUGCGGAGCUACUCUUUUUGUUUACGAUGAUCGCGAGCCAUUCAACCCUCAGCGCCUUUUAA